ACCGAAGCCGAAAACAAAUGCAUGAGCAUAAACUGUCGCCGCAUCGACUCAUCGGGCCGUCACGGCGCACCGUGUAGGUAGGCAGGAUGUCGUGUGACCCGCGGCAGGGCAGCGGCUCCCGCCAGAGCUCGGCCGUGACCCGGCGUGGCAGGCCCGUGCCCAGCUCAUCUCUACUGACAGAUUGACGUCGGGAGGCGUCGGGAGGCGUGGCCGCAGGCUGAGCAACAGGUCGGCUCCGGCUUCUCAAGGAGGCCAUGGUCGAGGCAGCCGUGGGGCUCCGGCAGAGCCCACCCCGCACCGUGGAGAAUGACGAGGUGGAUGCCCAGCUGACCUGGACGAUGCGACGCCUCUGGCACUGGCAGUCGGGCCAUUGGCACCUUGUGAGCAACGCCCAGGCUGCCUGCCCAGCCCUUCGCCACGUCGUUGGCUGGCAGCGUUCCGCCGCGCUGCAAUGGCUUCGCGACCAUGCCCUUGACCUUGCCGUCAGACAGGAGCUGGAGCAGUCGCGGGCUGCUCAGCGCCUCGGGGAUCCCGCAGGUCCCGACGGUAUCUUUUUACUCCCUGUGGAAAGGCAUCGGUGAGGCGGGUCGCACGGUGCUCCACGGUUGCCUCAUAGCGCUCAUGGUGGAUGGAUCGGCAGAUCGGCUCGCAGAAGAAUUUGGUUCCUUUGACGAUUGCUUCGACCGUUGUGACUUCAAUGCGAGCCUGCUGGUUCCGCUCACGAAGAAGCCUGUCCGCGUCGACCCUGAGAUGGGCCAAGUUUACCAACCAGAGGACACUAGACCGCUGAUGUUAGUAGACACCUCCAACCGCACUCUGGCCAGGUCGCCCCGACUGAAGAUCGAGCCAGCGGUGGAAGAGCUGGUCAACGACUGUCAGCGGGGCUUCUUGCACGGCAGGUCCAUCCUCGCCAACAUAGUCGAGCUCGGGGCCAUCAUGCAGGAGGCUGUCCUCGGUUGGUCCCGGCCCACGGCGUGGUUCUGUGACAUGAGAGCCGCCUUCCCGUCGAUCGAGCACGACUUUCUGCACAAAAUGCUGGAGUUGUGCAGGCUUCCACUGCCGCUGCGGACUGCGAUCCGGGCGCUCUAUGCAGAUCAAUGCUGCUGCUUGACGAUGCACGGGGAGCGGCGGGGCGGCUUCCGCAUUUUCAAUAGGAUCCGGCAAGGAUGCCCACUGAGUCCGCUCCUAUAUGUUCAGGAGGGGGAAAACACACACAGACGUAAACGCUUGGGUGACGCCGGUAAAGAAGUUCAAAGAGGCCGCGGUUGCCUGGGCGGAGCAAGAGCUGGGGAUGGGCCUCACAGUGCUGGCCUACAACACGCGCGUUCUCCCUAAACUGACGUAGGCUGCGCAACUCCAGGGCUGCUUCCAGGAUUGGCCAGCCUCAGAAGGAAAAUUGGCCAUCCAAUGCUUUUUUCCAGGCCCGGCCGGGUGGCUGCCGAGCUCGAUUGCGCACUGCAUGCAGGACGAGUUGGGCAUGCCAUGCCGAUGCAGAUGCACUCGCUGACGACGGCAGGCCCAGCAGCCCAACUCCGAGCAGCGACCGUCGAAGGCGAUCGCGGUCAGCAGCUGCGCCCGCCCGCGGUUGCAGGUGCCGCGUCACCUCUUGCGCGGCCGGCAGGCUGCCACCUCGACGCUUGGGACGUCGAGUGGCGGUGGCAUGCAUGGUUUCGCCACGGCCCGGCGCAGCGGCUGCAGUAGGUCCAAGACGCUCCCGCGCGAGAUGGUAUCACAGCCCAGACUGCUGUUGAAGCCUCUCUGGGGUCUACCCCCCGGCCAGACACUUCAGGGCGUUGGCGACAAGCUCGUAAGGAGCUUCAAUCAGCAACUGCGCAGCUUCUCUGGCAGCGUCGGUGGGUCCGCUCAGGCCAGUGGGAUCUUCGGCGGAAGCAUCAACAGUGGGGCCCGGGUCCCUUGGAGGGCCGGCGGGCGAUGGUACUCCA